AUGGAGAAUGUAAUGGACUAUCAUGGUGUACUAUCAGUUUUGAUGUGUUCCAUGGCACUGUCCAGGUGUGUGCAGGUGUGCAUUGAGUGCCUGCAGGUGUGUGGGUCAAGGUCAGGUCACAAGCGGCAGGCCAAAACAAGUGAAAACAUGAAACGGUUCACAAAGACGGUGUUUGAUGGCCUGCGCUCCUCCGUGCAGGCCACGAACAAACAAGAGGUUGAGGAAAUACAGGUUGUGGAGACGCUGCAGGCUGAUGCUUUCCAGAUUGCCAAGUGCCUCUCCAGUGCCUCCCAUGCCUCCCAGCCUCCCAGUGCCUAUGAGCGCUCUCCCAGUGCCUCCCAGUCUCUGGUAAUGCAUCCCAGCCUACCUUUGCCUCCCAGCGUCCCAGUGCCUCCCAGCCUCUCCCAGUGCCUCCCAGCGCUCAGGUCCCGCAAGACACACCCUGGCGCUGUGGUCCACCUCAGCGAGAACCCUGUCGACCCUGGCAAGCUGCUGAUUGGCUACGAGAGUGGUCAGCUGGUUCUGUGGGACUUCAAAGGUCGCAUUGCUGAAUUGAGAUACCAGGCCGCUGAGCCACUCAGGUCAGUGUCAUGGCACCACGAAGGGAAGCAGUUUAUUUGUUGCCACACGGACGGCUCGCUCACAACCUGGACCCUCAAACAAGCCUCUCCAAGACCCACCUCCACAGUCUUCCCGCACGCCAAGACUAACAAGGAGGGAAAGCAGGAGCCAUGUAAACCGAUACAGAAAGUGGAGUGGAAGAACUGUAAGAAUGGGGACAGCUUUGUGGUGUUCAGCGGAGGGUUGGCGGUGGAGCGGACUGGGCGGACCCCUUCUAUAACUGUGGUGCAAGGGAAGACCACCACAGUGUUGGAAAUGGAGCAUAAUGUGGUAGACUUCACCACACUCUGCGAGAACCCCUACGCUAGUGGUGAGAGAGAGAGAGAGAAAAACUGAUACGCGACGGUGGUCCUGCUACACAGUGACCUGGUGGUGAUGGACCUGCUCUCCCCUGGCUACCCCUGCUUUGAGAACCCCUACUCCAUGGACAUACACGUCCCUGUCACCUGCUGCACUUACCUUGCCAACUGCCCUGCCAACCUCACCCCUGCCCUCUGUUCGGCAGGGGCAAAGGGGGCCGGCCACAGGAAGAGGGGAUUCUCGGACAAGGAGUGGCCAAUAUCUGGGAGGGGGGGGAGUAUUUCCUCCCCCUGCCGUGAAAUGAUCUUGACAGGUCCCCAGGUGUUCGAGAAGCCCCGUACAAGGAGCAUAGAUGGGGAGGAAGACCCCUUUGCUAUCCAUCACCUCUAUUUGUGUCCAGAGUCGCGGCUCUUGGGUGUGGCAGGAGCGACGGCCCAUGUCUUGCUAUUCAAAUUUACCAAACAAGAGACUACUUCAGAAAUUCAUUGUCUGGAAGUUCCAAUUAUUUACGAAGUUUAUGAAAGCAGAAAUGGAUCUCCAGAAUAUGAUUUUUGUCAAAGAUCUUCCUUGCAGACGUCUGUGGACUAUUUCGUGCCCAUUCAUGUGAGAGCAGGACCACAGAGGAGACCGGCCGGCUACCAGGUGGAGCUGGCCUGCCUGACCCCCUGGGUGGACGGAGAACCCCCUGGAGGAAUUACUACUCUCGCUGUCAACUCUUCCUAUGGACUGCUGGCAUAUGGCAAUGAGUCUGGCCUGGUGAUAGUCGACUAUUUGGCGCGUGUUUGCCUACUAUCAAUGGGCACCCCUGACCUCUAUGGCUCGGCGGACCCCUACCAGCGCGUCCCAAGGUCACCCAAGAGAGGAGGAGGAGGAGGAGGAGGAGGAGGAGGAGGAGGAGGAGGAGUAGAAGAGGAGAGGUGUAAAUCGCCCGCCUCUGACCAGCUUAAUGGUGUGCCUGGGACCGCCUCGUGCUUGUCCCCGACCACCACCACCACCACCACCACCACAACCACCACCACCACCACCCCAACCUCCAAUCACCAGUAUAUACAAGCGGGGUCGAAGCGGCAGACUGAGACCCCGUUAAAGCGCUCAAGAUCUCAAGGUAAACCGCGACUAUCCCGCGCUCUGACUAUCCAGGGUUACUAUUCCAACUAUUCUGCUUCUCUAGACCAUCCCCCUCCCCCCCCCAGCCCGCCCAUUACCCAUAAGGCACCAUUCUUCCAUUUCGCGACUCAUAACGGGGUUCCCAACGGCCCCUAUAUAAUAACCCCUACUACUACUACUACCGCUGCGACUACUACUACUACCACUACGACUACGACUACUACGACCACUGCUACUGCCUCGGGUCGUCAUCUGCUGCCCACGUUUGACAAGCUGGAUGGGUCGUUCAGUCGGUCUCGUUCCUCCAGUAUUAGCAGUCUUGAGAAUAUAUCCAGUGAGGCUAUUCAGUGCCUCGCCUUCGCUGACACUUAUAUAAAGAAAAAUGACGGCAUCAUCAACCCGACGCUCUGGGUGGGAACAAGCCUUGGCAGUGUGAUACAGAUAACAUUACUAUUACCGCCCGUGGACAUAAGGGCGACCACUCCUGCCUCGGUCCAUCCCAGUGGCACCAUUUUCCGAGUGAAGGGGUCCGUGCUCACCAUGUCCUUCCUGGAUUGCAAUGGUGCUCUCAUUCCUCACCAAUUUGAGAGCUGGAAAGAUGCACAGAGGGAGAGAAAGAUUGACCGGACGCCCCCGAAGGCAGGCAUGAGCGCCGGGACAGACUCAAGGAUGUCCCCUACCAAUUCCGGGGGCGCGGCGGGGGCUGGCGACACGGGGGGGGCGCAGACUCCCCCUCCAAACUCGUGGACUGAGAGGCAGUUCGUGGUGAUCGCCUCAGAGAAGGUUGCGCGGGUGGUGUCGCUGCCCACCCAGAAUUGUGUGUUUAAGCAAAUUUUGACCGACGUGUCCUUUGUCGUAAAGGCGGAUGUCGUCACUAUCAAAGAUAGUAUAUCGCUGGUUUGCUACAUUGCGUCGGGUCACAUCUCCAUUUUCAGCCUUCCCAGUCUGCGCCAGUUAAUAUAUGUGGACUUUCUGCCGCUCGUGGACUUCAGCUUUCAGAUGUGCAAAAGAGGUAUAAUAGACCCAAUGCUUUCAAUAUGGGGACAGCAAAUGUUUACCAACCAAGAUACACUCCAGAUCCGGACGUUCUGCUUCACCCACCGCGGCCACGGUCUCUACUUGUGCUCGCCAUCAGAAGUCCAGAAGUUCACCAUUUCGGCUGAUUUUUGCAAUGAGCUUCAGGAGCUGUUGGGCAACCUUUUCCUGCCCACGGACAUGCCGGAAGCCCCCAAACAGAGCUUCUUCAGGGGGCUGUUUGGAGGGGGCAUCAGCCAGCUGGACCGAGAGGAGCUUUUCGGCGAGUCCUCGGGCAAGCCAUCGCGCACGUUAGCGAAGCACGUGGUGGCGCCCAACACCCCGGACGCCGCAGCGCUCUCGGCCCGGGCUGGCGCGGCGACCUCGGACAUUGGGCGCGCUAAGAUGGCGGCGAUCGAGCGAGGACAGAAGCUUGGCGAUCUGGAGGAGAACGCAGAGAAUGAUGGGAGUGAGACCUUCGCUUCCCAGGCACACUCGCUCAUGAUGAAGUACAGGGACAAGAAGUGGUACCAGCUCUAAAAGGGAUGUGAAGAAAGUCAAAACGUGCGUGAGAGGAGGACAGAAACGCAGGGAUCGGAAGUGGCAGUAGCAGUAAAAAGGGAUGUGAAGAAAGUCAAAACGUGCGUGAGAGGAGGACAGAAACGCAGGGAUUGGAAGUGGCAGUAGCAGUAAAAAGGGAUGUGAAGAAAGUCAAAACGUGCGUGAGAGGAAGGCAGAAACGCAGGGAUUGGAAGUGGCAGUAGCGGUAGAAAGGGAUGUGAAGGAAGUCAAAACGUGCGUGAGAGGAGGGCAGAAACGCAGGGAUCGGAAGUGGCAGUAGCGGUAGAAAGGGAUGUGAAGAAAGUCAAAACGUGCGUGAGAGGAGGACAGAAACGCAGGGAUUGGAAGUGGCAGUAGCAGUAAAAAGGGAUGUGAAGAAAGUCAAAACGUGCGUGAGAGGAAGGCAGAAACGCAGGGAUUGGAAGUGGCAGUAGCGGUAGAAAGGGAUGUGAAGGAAGUCAAAACGUGCGUGAGAGGAGGGCAGAAACGCAGGGAUCGGAAGUGGCAGUAGCAGUAAAAAGGGAUGUGAAGAAAGUCAAAACGUGCGUGAGAGAGAGAGAGAGAGAGAGAGAGAAGAAUUUUGGUAGUAAGAAUAGUGGUAGUAGUGGUAGUAGAAAGUUCAGAACAGUGUUAACAGUUGUGGUAGUCAGAAUAGUGGUAGUAGUGGCCAGAAUUGUGGUUAUUCUCUCUCUCUCUCUCUCUAGAAUGUUUAUAGAUUGUGGUUACGAGCGAGAGAGAGAGAGAGAGAGAGCAGAAUAUUGAUAAUUACGAUUGUGGUAGUUGUGGUGACUCAAAAUGUUGGUUGUUAUAAGGUUGUGAUGAUGGUGGUGGUGGUGGUAGAAUAGUUGUAGUUUUAGCUGUGGUUAGGAGACAAAAUGUUGGUUGCUGGUUAAGAAAUGUUUAUUGAAGCGCUGGGAAGGUUGUGAUGGUUGUGAUUGUGGUAGUUUGUAAGACUAACGCCAAAAAAUGUUGGUUAUUUCGUCAGAAUGUUGGUAGUUUUGGUGGAAAGGUUUUAAAAUGUUGAUAGAUAGAGAGAUGUUGGUAGAAUGUUUGUAGAAUGACGAAAAAAAAGUGAAAUUUUGGUUGAAUGUUGGUUAAGUGGCCAGGAAUGUUGGUGGAUGGAUGACAAAUGUUCGUAGGAGCAAGGAAUGAAGCAGAGAUGUUGGUAGUUGUGGUAGUUAUAGUAGACGAUGUAAAAAAGAACCCUUACGAUGUUGGUAGUUACACACACACACACAUACAUUCCAAUUUUGGUUGAAUGUUGGUUGGAGAUU